AAUCUUCAACUCCGCAGAAACAGUUGUGCGAAAAGUCAUCUGAUUUGCAUCAGAAAAUUUUCUCAUCUACGUCUUUUACUCAUUUGGGCGAUUUAGGGAAGAAAAUACCAGUUUUUUUCUUGUCCAGGACAAUCCCGGAAGAUAAGUGUUUACUUAGGAAAGGCAGAGAAUCAGUGACAAAUGGGAAUUGAUCAGGACACGCCUUCAAAAUCGAAUUUAUCUGUGAAAUUGCUUGCGGAUGUAUUUGCCGAAAUUGAUCCUCAUGUCCAGAUUGAAUCUUUCGAGGAGGCUCAAGGCUCCAGACGUGGUGAUAACUACACGGCAGCUCUCUUUCGUAUCCAUGUGAAGGGAUUCGUGCUGCCGGAUGGGAAUACAGCCAAGAGGAGCAAAUGGGAUUGCUCACUAAUCUGCAAGAGACUUCCAGACAGUCAAGCAAGACGAGAUGCCUAUCGAAGUGAAGCGCUCUUCCGAAAUGAGGUUCGCUUCUAUACGAAGAUCGUGAGGGAAUUAUUGUCAUUCCAGCAGCGCAAGACAAGAGAGUCAUUUAGCGCAAUCCCAAGAUGCUAUUUUGCACGCAGUGAUCUUCUGAUUUUGGAAGAUCUCUGUGCCAAAGACUAUCAGAUGCCAAAUCGUCAGGAGGGACUUUCGCUGCAGCAAACUGAGAGUGUUCUCGUGGAAUUGGCGCGUUUUCAUGCACUCAGUUUGGCCUACAAGGCUGAACAUCCGAAGGAUUUUGAAGCACUAACGGCCAGCAUAGAGGAGGGAAUCUUUGCAGCCACGAACCUGGAUUGGUUUCGCAAUUACUAUCGCCGUCUUACACGUAGUGCAGUUGAAAUGGUUAGCCAGAGCUUCAAAAACGGCGAAGAUGGGUGCUUGUAUGUUCAGAGAUUGCGUGACUUUGUGGACACUGACGCAUUCUUCAUGAGGAUGGUGGAUCUGGUGCGUGGAUCCAGUGAUUUAUCAGUUAUUUGCCACGGAGACUGUUGGACUAACAAUUUCCUGUACCGCUACGGGACCGAUCGCAAGACUGUUAGUGAUGUGUGCCUGGUGGACUUUCAGCUGAUCCGAUGUGGCUCUCUGACUCUGGAUAUUGCCAAUCUCAUUUUCUGCUGCACAGAUCACGCACUGCGGAAGGAGCACCUGCAAGAUCUGCUGAAGUUAUAUGGGGAGGAGCUGGCAAAGGCUCUAAAGAAAUUCGGAAGCUAUCCCAGCUUCUGUGGAAGCUGCGAGGAAGAGCUCAUGGAUAAAAUCCAUGCGGAAUUCAAGAAAUACGCGCGCUUUGGAUUGGGUCUGGCCAUGGAUAUUCUGCCCAUCAGCACGUGCUCAGCUGACCAGGCACCGGAUCUGUAUGUCUUGCCAACGGAGGACACCAGUAAUUCUGCUCCUGAACUCAAUGUGCCACCCAAUGAGCUCUGUCGGCAGAAAAUGAGAGAGAUUGUUGUGGAUCUCGUGGACAAUGGGCUUCUCUAAAAGCCGUUUCUAGUGCAUAGUCGGUUGGCAUUCGACAAUAAAUAAUAAUACCACUGCUAACAAUUCAUAAAAUGAAUAAAAAAAAGCAAAUUAAUGAAAAAAAAAA